AUGCCGGCACGAGUAUCGACAAGGUCCACGAGGACCUCAGCGGCAGUGUCGCACAAAUCCUCAGCAGCGACCCUUGGCUCCCGAGCAUCAACAGCAUCCCGCUCCUCAUCAGUCGCCGCAGAUAUCCCGACCGAAAGACCGGACAGUGAGCUCCGCGGCCAAGUAUGCGCCGUGUUCCGCGAUGCGCAAAGAAAUACAGCAUCGCACCGCAAGUUGGUUGUCACAUUGCGCAAGAUCCAGGAAGCUUGCGCAUACGAACCGACCAGUCUGAAGAAGACCGCAGCAAGCGACUUCGAUGAGGAAGCCUUCAACUCCGAGUUCGUCCGAUGUGUCCUAAGAGUCAUGCCUAUCAAGAAGGCAGAGAGUGUUGGAGAGAAGACCAUUCGGUUUGUCGGAUUCUUCCUUAGACAUGCCAACGACAAAGACAACGAGAUUCUUGGAGAGGUCGACGAGGAUGCUAGCAUCAUGCCCGAGACCCCCAGCACAAGACUCACCAGCUAUCUCAUGAGCACAAUUUUGCCCCUGAUGACGGCCAAGGACAAGUUUGUGCGAUACCGAUCCACCCAGUUGAUCUCUCAUAUCAUCAACUCCCUCGACGCCAUCGACGACGAUCUCUUCCAAAAACUUCGCCAUGGUCUUCUUAAGCGUAUCCGUGACAAGGAGGCAAUGGUUCGUGCACAGGCGGUUCUGGGUCUGGGACGUUUGGCCGGCAAUCAGGUUGAUGCCGCCGCGAAUGAGGAUGAUAGCGAGGACGACGAGGCCAGCGGCCUUCUCGAGAAGCUGCUAGAGGUCAUACAGAACGAUCCUAGCGCAGAUGUGAGAAGGUCACUUCUCGUCAAUCUCCCUAUUCUCCCAUCCACCCUACCAUACUUGCUCGAACGCGCUAGAGACCAGGAUGCUUUGACUCGCAGAGCGGUCUACUCGCGACUGCUUCCCGCCCUCGGCGACUUCCGACAUCUCUCUCUCUCAAUGAGAGAGAAACUCCUCAGAUGGGGUCUCCGCGACAGAGACGAGAAUGUCCGCAAAUCGGCGGGCAGGCUGUUCCGUGAACGCUGGAUCGAGGACUGCGCUGGUGUUCCGCCGCCUGAGGAGGGCGCGCCACCCGCUGAACCUGCACCGCCAAACUUCGACGGUCUUCACGAGCUCCUAGAGCGUAUCGACGUCGUGAACUCUGGAGUGGAAAAUGGCGUUGCCCUCGAAGCGAUGAAGGGAUUCUGGGAGGGUAGACCCGAUUACAGAGAAGCUGUCACCUUUGAUAAGAACUUUUGGGAGACGCUCUCUGCAGAGUCAGUCUUUACCGCUCGAAGUUUCAACGACUUCUGCAGAACCGAGGGCAAUGGCAAGUACGAGUCACUGGUCGAGGAGAAGCUGCCUGAAGUGACUACGCUCGCAUUCUAUCUGGAAAGAUACCUCGGCGUUCUGAUUGAGGCUAUCAAGAGGGUCUCUCAGGCAGAUAGCGAAGAAGAUGAAGAAGAGGACACGGUAGAGCAAGAGUUCAUUGUCGAGCAGAUGCUCCACAUUGCCAUCACUCUUGACUACUCCGAUGAGGUUGGCCGUCGCAAGAUGUUUGCGCUCCUCCGCCAAUCCCUCUCAGUCCCCGAGCUCCCUGACGAUGUAACAAAACUCACGAUCAACGUUCUCCGAGACAUUUGUGCUCCGGACAACGCCGGUGAGAAAGAGUUCUGCUCAGUGGUAUUGGAGGCUGUUGCCGACGUUCAUGAUACUAUCGUUGACGACCCAGCGCCUGAUGACCGUACCGACGACAGCUUUCACUCGGCGAGAUCCGAGGUCAGUGGUGACACCACCCCCACGAGGAGUGGGAGCCGGAACAAGAGUCCCGAGCUCAGUGAAGAAGAGGCCAGGGCAAAGGCGGUCAAGGAAAUUAUGAUCAACAUGAAGUGUCUGCAUAUUGUGCAGUGCAUGUUAUCAAACGUCGCUGGCGACCUGCAGCAGAACGACCACCUGGUGUCGAUGCUUAACAAUCUCGUCGUCCCAGCUGUGCGAAGUCACGAAGCACCCGUCCGUGAGAGGGGUCUCGUCUGCUUGGGUCUCUGUUCCCUGCUCGACAGGUCACUGGCCGAGGAGAACCUGACGCUGUUCAUGCACUUCUUUACCAAGGGCCACACUGCCCUACAAAUCACCGCGUUGCAAAUUCUCACUGAUAUCCUCAACGUCCAUGGCGCUCAGCUAUUGAGCUCAACGCCAGCGUUGCUCAAGAUCUACAUCAAGGCGCUCAAGUCGGGCAUCAGAUCCCCCGAGGUCCAGGCUGCCGCUACCUUGGCGGUAUCCAAGCUGCUUCUGGGCCGUGUUGUCACGGAUCAGGAAGCUUCAGCGGAAAUGCUCAAGACGCUGGUUGUCCAAUACUUCGAUCCUGUCACUGCAUCCAACCAGAGCGUCAGGCAGGCUCUCAACUAUUUCCUGCCCGUGUUCUGCUACUCGCGGGCGGAGAACCAGGAUCUCAUGCGCACCGUCGCUCUGGACGCCCUGCAUGCCUUGUUGAACGUCCGUGAGAAUUUGGAGGACGAUGACGCCGAUGUCAAUGAGGAGAUGGAGAGUCUGACGACGAUUGGUGCUUGCCUGGUGGACUGGACUGAUCCUCGCAAGUGCUUCAACCCUGCUACUGGGCUCGACUUGGAGAAGAAGACUGUUAAUGGUGAUAUUCAUCUGGAAUUCGCUCUAGACAUUCUGGACCGCUUAGGCGGAAACUUGAGCAAGGAAGAGAAAAAGGUGGUCGCACCCCUCCUCGGAAAGCUUUACAUCUCGCCCACAAGCACAGAAGAAAAGAUCAGGGAGGUUUACGACGAGAUCGCCAUUGCCGUCAACGACAAACUCGUCACCGACACCACAGGCCGCAACGCCCUCAACAAGAUCCACGUCAGCCUAGGCAAGAUCGUCGCCAAUCUCGGCGAGCAGCAGGACGGCGAGCCGCGCCGCAUGAGCAGGAGCGUCUCCGUCGCCAUGUCGCGUGCGGACUCGGUCGCGCCGUCUGUCGCCGGUUCUGUCGCGUCCUCGAGGCUGCACGACGCCGACGAGGACAAGACCAUUACGAUGGAGCCUGAUAUUAAGGAGGAAGACGAGAAUAGCGAUGAUACCGUGAUUCAGAACACGCGGCAGGAUGACGGUGACUCGAUUGUGAGCGAGCUGCUCUCGGAUGAGGAGGGCGCGUGA